UCGACGCUCGCUCCGUUCACAUCGCGUACUCCUCACGGGCGCUCCCUUCUUGCCAUGUGACCGUCCUAGACCAUGGACACCCGGUACUCUCCCGUCCAUGUCAAACCUUCCAGAAGGAAACGCACCUUGGAUAAACUCAAGACAUGUGCUCCUUACGUUCCUUGUUUUAUAUGUGUCGUUGGAAUUGUACAGACAGUGCUGUACGUGCUAGAUGACACAGAACUGUUCAACCUUCUCCUCUACUCCCCGUACCAGAGGGAACAGCCAUGGCGCUACAUCUCCUACAUGCUGCUGCACAAGGACUUUGCCCACCUGGCUCUCAACCUGGGACUGCAGACACUCCUGGCCGUGGUGCUGGAGGCUGAGCAAGGGUGGCCGAGGACGGCUGGGGUCUACUUGCUGGGAGGUCUGACUGGAUCUCUAGGAACAGCUGUUCUGGAGCCAGAUCUGUCCAUGGUAGGAUCGUCUGCUGGAGUCUACGCUCUACUAAUGGCUCAACUUCCAAACAUUCUUUAUAACUGUGAUCUUCUUCGGUACAAAUGGUAUCGGAUUGUCAGCGUAGCUUGUCUCUGUGCCGGGGACAUAGCUUACGAUACGUUACGGCAGGGAGGCCCUGUGAUCAGCUGGUCUGCUCAUGUGUCCGGAGCCGCAGCUGGGCUUCUGCUUGGUUUUACGAUCUUUGUUUCUCACAACGAUUGCUCCACUUUCAGCAAAUCUCUAUUGAGAUACGCAUCGUUUGUUAUUUUCAUGAUACUUUUUGUAUUUGCUAUUUUGUACAUUUAUACAUUUAAGAAUAGAGCAGUUUCUCUUUAA